CCCAGUAGCUUCAGUAUCGAAGUGUCGUUCAUGCAUGUUCACGGAGUGUCGUUCUGUCCUCUGCUUCUCCAAUCACGUCUCGCUCUUUCGUUUUCGUUCUUCUCCCUUUCACCGAUUUUCCGAGCAACGCUGACACAUUGCUGUACGCCUCUCAUAACAAACAGUGGCAGCACAACGCAUAAAGCCAACACGACAGUAAUCGUGAUGCGUAACUGAAGGUGCAUUUCCAUUUCGUUCGUGUCGUAUACGUGCAUAUUUCCUGCGAAGAUACUUCGCAGGCACAGUGGUUUCGACGUUGAAAAGAGUCCACAAUACUUUCCGCCCGAACGUGGUGCUGUGUGAAAAGAAAAAAUUGGAAAUGACCAAAUACUCGACAGUCACGGCCGUAGUGUUUCUUUGCGGUCUCCUUGGGCACACCAAUUCGCAAGGAAAUGAACCUAUUGUAGACACAGUAUUAAACAAAGUUUCAAAUGUCAUAGAUUUGAACAAUAGUAACGCAUCAGUGAUCUCAGUUGUAGAGAAUCUGAAUACAUCCGCGAUUCCAGAACUUAAUGAGGCAAAAAGCCUAUUCAAACAAAAAUGCAAUAAAAAUGGAGGAGAAGGUGCAUUUGAAAAUGCUGAUCGUGCCAAGGAUGAGAUAAUGCAGUGCCUUAAAUCAUUCGUCAACAUUACGGUACUACAAGAAGAAAUGGAAAAAUAUAAACCUACUGGAGAUUUGGAUAUUGUGUUCAAAAAUUACUGCCGCAGAACUCCUAUUCUUAAGAAGUGUGUGAGCAACUUUACAGCAGCCAUAGAACCUUGUUUGGAACCAAAAGAAAGGGAAAAUAAGAAAAUAAUUCAAAAUAUCACUGACUCUCUCCUCAGUUUUAUAUGCUUCAAGGAAGGAGAUCGCAUUGCCCUUUUUAUAUCUGCCGAUGGACCAGAAUGUUUACAAUCAAAGCAACAAGAAAUUGAAAAUUGUGUCAAUACUACAUUUGGAAAUUACUUACCCCCUAUGGAUUCUAAUAAUAGACUUUUAGGAGGAUUGGACAGCCUUCCAUCUCUUAUUCUUGGACCUAAGGAAUGCACGGACGUUUCUACUCUUAAAACAUGUAUCGUGAAUGAACUGGAAAAAUGUUCAGACCCAACACCAGCAAACAUUGUAGACUCUAUAUUUAAUUUUAUUUUACGGGUAACGCCAUGUGAGGGUUUAAUGACGGUUCAAAGUGCUGCUUCUAGGUCUACAAUUAAUUUUCUAGCAACGAUAAGCAUAGUAUUUUUAUUAUUAAAAUUCAUCUGAAGUAAAUUUAACUAAAUUUCACAUGUUAUACAUAUCAUGAUUCAGCGUCAACGAAUACAUGCAAUCAAAUGAUUUUGUAAUCAAUUACAUAUUUCUUUCGAUCACCAUAUAUUCUAAUAAAAUAUCUUAUGGGAUGUGAUAUUUUUCUUUCGAGUAUAAUUUGAACUUAAGUGAUAUCAAAGAAGAAAGUCAGGUAACAUAUUCAAGAAAUAGCAAAUAAUUUUUUUCUGUUUAUAAUCUGUUUAAUGUCUAACUUAUACAUGACUAUUAUAUUUGGCUAAAAUAGUUAUUAAUAAUUGAGGUGCUUCAGAAAAGACUGACAUAUUCAUAGGUGUCCAUCUGUAAGCAUAAACAAAAUCUAAAUGUAAACUAUAACUACAAUAAGGACAACAUUCCUUGACUUUGCUACACUUUGAAUAUGUUAAAUUUUGUACUAUAGUUACAUAUUUGAGCAAGUUGAUACAAUCUUGUAAUAUAAAUACUAUUAAUUAUAUGGAAUAAUACAACUCACACAAUUGUAUUCAUCAUUCACCUAUUAUUUCUGUUACGUUGUAGAAACUGUGUUUUUUAAUUUUUUAAUAUUUAAAAGAAUGCAUUAUUAACUUUGAAUCACAGGUAUGAAUAAAUUCAUCGAUUUAUUGUUACAUUCUUAUCGUAACAAAAAUGCAUCGU